AUGCUCGCGUCAAAUGCUCGCGUCGGGUCGUCCACGGGCUCCGUUACCGUCGGCGUGUCCAGUUUCAAGUCGUCGUCCAAUGCUAUUGACCGCACAAUGACUGUCGCUGCUACGCAGAUGAGCUGUGGGAACCCCGAGGAGAAUAUCAAAAAGGCCGAGUCGCUCGUGCGGAUUGCGAGCUCCCGUGGGGCGCAAGUAAUUUUACUCCAAGAGCUCUUUCAGUUCUCGUACUUCCCCAUUGAACUCAAUGCUGGCAAUUUCCUGCUGGCGACGACACUGGAAGAGUCGGCGCUCGUCCAGGGCAUGGCGUUACUGGCGAAAGAGCUGCGGGUGGUGAUUCCCAUCAGCUUUUUUGAACGGUACCGGAACUCGUACUAUAACUCGUGCGCGGUGAUUGACGCUGAUGGAAGUGUGUUGGGUGUAGCUCGCAAGAGCCACAUUGGAGAUCGACUCGGGUACAAUGAGAAAUACUACUUUACGCCAUCGGACGACUCGUUCAAAGUGUGGGACACGCGCUACGGUCAGAUUGGAAUAGCGAUUGGAUCGGACCAGUGGUAUCCAGAGGUAGCACGCAGCUUGGUAGUGCAGGGCGCCGAGCUGUUGCUCUACCCAAGUGCCAUGGGUAGCAACCAGUACGACUCGAACUUUGAUCCACGCGACCAGUGGCAACGAGUGAUGCAGGGCCAUGCCGCCGCAAACAUGGUUCCUGUUAUUUGCUCGAACCGAGUCGGGGCUGAGCUCGUCGACGGUAUUCGCGUCACGUUUGUCGGCUCGUCUUUCAUCACGGGUCAAACGGGUGAAAUGCUCAAGAUCGCUGAUCGAGAAUCCGAAGGGGUGCUCGUGGAAAGCUUUGACCUUGAAAAGUUCCAUGUUCGACGAGCGAGUUGGGGCCUUGUUCGGGACCGCCGGCCAAAUUUGUAUGGAGUACUCGUCACACGUGAUGGAUCCAAGUAA